AUUUGGCAAACAGUUCUCCCGGUUAAAAACACGUUAAGGCUUAGUAUAAUUUACCCUAAUGUCUCUGGUUUGCCGAAAAAAAUAUGUAAUUUGGGCACAUAAGAAUUGUAUACAGUACUUCGAAAAACUUCUGAAAAUUCCCAUAUAAAGGUAGAUGGCUCGUUGAAAUCUCUCGCGCGCGCGCACACACACAGUCCACUAUUGACGUUUUGUGCUCUUAAUUCUCUCAUUCGCCAGUGGACUUUGAGCUGCAGAAAUCAGAAACAGAUUUGAGAAUAAUGUUGCCCCAGCGGUUCAAGAAGGCCAUCACAGAUAACCCAAAGAAAGUUGCCGACUUGAUUGACCUUGUAAAUCUUCCUUCAACAAUUCGAGAAUUUGUGGGUCAAUCGCAGACCUCUCGUUUGGGGUUUUUCAUGUGUGUCUGGUCAUACAUCAAGACCAACAAUCUGCAGGAUCCAAACAACAAGAAUGUGGUCAAUUGUGAUGAAAAGUUGAAGAAAAUUUUGUUGGGUAAGCCUCAGGUUGAGCUAGCUGAACUUCCUACACUAAUCAAACUGCAUUUUCCCAAGGCGUCAAAUUGACUUUCAGGAUUUGAGGUCAUGGUGCCCGUCUUCUUCUUUACGCAUGCACUCCUUAUGCCGCCUUACCAAAAAUUCUAGCUGCUUCAUGUUGCGGUGAAUUAAUUGACGGAGUAUUUUUGAUUUUUUAGUUUCUGAAUGGCUAGAUGAAUUGAAUGUUUAGUUUAUCUCCGUUAUAUUCUUUUUCGUUUUGGACUAGUUGCUUUAUUUCGUAAACAAUGUUUCAUAUCUGUACUGAGAUUCACCGUGGUUGAUGCAUAAUUAUGGAUGCUCCAAGAUAAUAUAUAUAUAUAUUUUAUCUUCAUCAUUUC